AAGAGUGGUAAAAUAUAUUUGUUUUUACUAGUUUUUUUGGUCACAUGGCUUCUUCCAAAUCAAUUUCGGGAGUACAUAUAUGAUCCUGGGUGAGGGCGAAAGUUUUUCUUUACUAUAUAUCUGAAUUCUGAAUAUCUGAAUUUACAGGAGCCAAUCUACAUUCCGCAGGGUACAUCAAUAGAUACUGAUUGUAGAGCAUUACUAGUUCUAGGAUCCAUAUUGUUCCUGGAACUGAUCCUGAACUAAUACCUUUUCUGGAACUGAACUUAAUAUUGAAACUGAUAUUUAACUCUUAUCGGUACUGUAACUCAGUAGUCUUCAAUCUGUGAUCCGUGGCGUAAACAGAUGUGGUCCGCGAAAUAUUUGGUCACAUACAAGUGGUCAGUGCUAAGUCAGAUCCUAAGAAAGGUUGGAGAGCACAGCUGUAACUGAUGCUAAACACUUGCUGGUUAUAGAAUUGAAAUAACUUAUACUGGUCAUGGGACUGAUUUUGAGCCCUCAGCAGUCGUUGUACAUGCCUCAAAUUCAUAUCGGUCCUAGAAUUGAUAUUAAACCCAUAAGGUUCCUGAAAAUCCUGGAAACUAUUUCUGAAUUUAUAUCGGAUCUAUGGUUGAUCUUGACUCUGUACCGAUCCUGGAACUGAUAUUGAACCCAUACUAUUUCUGGUAUAUAUCCCAACCCUAAACUAGUACUAAAACUAAUACCUGUUUCGGAACUGAUUCUGAAGCCAUACUGGUGUUGGAACUAAUCCUGCUUUCAUACCACUCCCGAAAUUGAUACCUAAUCCUUAACGGUACUUAAUCCACAUUCUUGGAUUUGAUCCUGAACUCAUCUCGCUCCUAAUUUUGUUUUAUUCUGGUCUAAAUAUUGAUCGUGGAUCUGGUUCAGUUCAUAUCGCAAGGGACCAUCCCAGAAGCCAGGAAGUAACAAAACUUGUUUGUAGAGAUAGACAUAGAGAUAAACACUCUCACUCUUUAGCGCCAACGAACGAUCCAAAGAUCAAUGUCCCAAAAAAGCGAGACUUCCCCAGACGAUAAGGAAGAGUUGGGUCUCACCUGCUGAGCGAUUGCGUCAGCAGACAACUGUAAACAACACGCGACGAGCGUGAAUUCCCCCAAAACCAGAACCAGACCAGGAGGAGAACAGGUUUUGUGCUAUCGUAUCAAGAAUUUGGCGACCAUCAUCUACAGCGUGCCAACUCUUUCGUCGCUCAGUUGUGACCGAACCGUUCAUCCGACUGGGUAUCCAUGGCGACUGUUCGUGGUGUGCUGUUUGCUGCGUUGUUGACAGCAGUGCAUUCCGUGCUGGGCCAGGGGUGCGGCGAGCGUAAGGUCGACUACGCGAAGCUUAUUCUCGGUGGUGAGGAUGCGAUUUCCGGUCAGUGGCCAUGGCACGCGGCCAUCUUCCAUCGAAUCGAGCGCUCGUUCAUGUAUCAGUGCGGUGGUGCCAUCAUCAAUCAGAACACAAUCUUAACAGCUGCUCACUGUGUGCAGCUGAAUCAGGGCGUCAUUACGGUGGACCGGCUGUCGGUGCAGGUUGGCCGGACGUACCUGUACGCGGCGGAAAGCCACACCCAGGAGCAUCAGGCCGAGCGGAUCAUCGUGCACGAGGAGUACAGUGCGGCGCAGGUGCGGAACGACAUUGCGCUGAUCAAGCUGGCGACGGACAUUCGGUUUACGGAGUACGUGCAGCCGGUUUGCCUGUGGGACCGGGCCCGGACGGACAUUGGGCAGCUGAUCGGGCGCGUCGGUACGGUGGUUGGGUUUGGCAUUACGGAGAUCGGCGAGGUGGCGGAUCGGUUGCGCGUGGCGUACAUGCCGAUCGUCGAUACACAAACGUGCCUGGAGAGCAAUCGGAAUCUGUUCGGGCGUGUGCUGACGCGGAACGUGUUCUGUGCCGGGUUUCGCAAUGGAACGACGGUCUGUGGAGGUGACAGUGGCGGCGGCAUGUACUUUGAGAUCGAGAAUCGCUGGUACAUCCGGGGGAUCGUGUCGUUUAGUGGGCAAAACUGUCAGUCGGCCGACUUUGCCGGGUUUAGCGAUGUGGCCACGUACCUCGAUUGGAUCAAUCGGUACACGAGCGGCACGCAGAGUAAUCCGUACUCGGCGGCGGUCAUCAACAAGCAGCAGCUGCUGGCGCUCGAUGUGUGCGGUGCGAACAGCUACCCGGGCACGCCGGAAGAUGGGAAACCAGUUUUUCAAGGCUACCCGUGGCUGGGUGUGAUCGAGUACGUGCAGAGUGCUACCGGGCAGCGGCGGGUGCUGUGCCAGGCGACGCUCAUCACGCGCCGUUACGUGCUGACGGCGGCACAGUGUGUGUCGCUCUCGUCGAAUGCGAAUCAAAUUCUCGGCGUACGCUUGGGAGAGUAUGAUACGGUAACGAAUCCGGACUGUGCGUUCGUCCAGGGCAGGCAAGAGUGUCAGCCACCGGUGCAAGCGGUCGGGAUUGAAGAGAUAAUCGUCCAUCCCGGCUUCAACAAUCCAGCGUUUGCGAACGAUCUGGCACUGAUCCGGCUGCAGCAGGAAGCGAACAUUAAUCAAGACAACAUCAAACCGAUCUGUCUACCGUUCUCGACCGCCCUGAAGUCGCACAAACCCUCCUACUACAUCCGCACCGGGUGGCUGGCCCGCAGCACCAGUACCACCCUGUACCGGAGCUUCCCGAGCUCGAUCGAAUCGGUCGGCUGCCAGGACGCGUACAACGACCAGGACGUGCCGCUGGAGAAAACGUACGGCCAGAUCUGCAUCCGCCGGGACAAUCCAUCGGCCGGCGUUUGCACGUUCAACAUGGCCGCCACACCGCUCCAAUCGGUACAGGUCGUGGGCCCGAGCGAGCGGUACGUCCUGUACGGAUUGCUCUCCUUCGGCCCGAAACAGUGUCUCGAGACGUACCCGGACGUGUACACGGCGGUGGCACCGUACGUCGAUUGGAUUGUCUCGAGCCUGAGACCGUAGAAUGCAAAUGCCGUUAGGCCGUGUUAU